GCGCUGCUGGUAGAAGGGCCGAUCAACCCCCGGGACCCCCAACAGUAGCUGACCAGGAAAGACACCUCGCUCGUAAGAGAUAAAAGUUUUGCCAGAAACAAGUCGUAUUUUGGAGUCCGCAAAGUCUAGGAAUGUUUCUGGGAACUCACACUCUUGUCCAGCCGGACAAGGUUCCUCAAGACGAAUGCAGAUUCAAAUAGCUACUGCGAAAGAGCCAGAAGAAGAUGAAUGAAGCAGUGGGUUGAGUUCAGUAACUUGCCAACAGCAGCGAUUCCGUGUUGACACUCCAGCGAGCAGUUGGUUGGCUGUAUGACUUCGUCUUUUGUUUCUCGAACGUUGAAGGAAUGACGUGGAUUAACCAUAGUCAUGUGACUUAUAUUUUUCCUGGCUGACUCAUCGCUAAUGAGGGGCCAAAAGCCUAUCACCACGUGACCCAUCACGGACAAAUUCUCGCGCUUGGCGGGGAACAUUUUGCGCAACACCGACUCAUUAGGAACAGCAACUGGAGAGUUGAUAUUGCUGAUGGCGGGUUCCCAGAUGUUUAGAUAGCGCGAAUCCCUUCUUUACAAAAGCCCUUGGCUCGGGGUAUCCCCCUAUCGAACCCAGCUUCUCGCUAGCUCGUCCAACUGCACUUUGCUCAGAUACCCAUCUGCAUUGACUGGCAUUCACAAUGACUUCCUCGCAGUCGACCUAUCUCACAAUCCCGGGCUCAAUUGCCUUUUCUCAAUCCCGGAGCCGCUCCAUUGCGGAAAGCAUCGGGGUGAAGGAGGUGCGUGCCCAGUGGGUUCAUUAUGUUCAUGCUGCUGGGGAUUUACAGCAAAGCGAGCGCGCGGUGCUAGAACAGCUUCUACAUUACGGAGAUAUUGUGGGCGUUCCUUCAUCGUUCGAGUCAACAGAUGGACCAUUCACAGUUUAUCACGUUACUCCACGAACCGGCACCAUAUCCCCAUGGAGUUCCCAAGCUACCGGGAUAUCCCAUGUUUGUGGCCUUAAAAGUAGCGUCAAGCGCAUUGAGCGCGGCUUGCGAAUCUCGUGCCUGCUUGCUGAAGGACGCGAAGACUUGGAUAAGGCUGCGUUGGACGUUCUUCAUGAUCGAAUGACUCAAAUCAUUUCGAAAGAUGAACCAGAUCUUCACCUCAUGUUCUCGGAGCAUCAACCUCUUCCCCUUGAAACGAUACCUCUUUAUGGAGAGGGCAAAUCCCCGGUUGAGGUUCUACAAAAAGCAAAUACCCGACUUGGCUUGGCAUUGGACCAAUCCGAAAUCGACUACCUGGUCGAUGCGUAUGCGCCUGAUGGCCCAGUUGGUCGCCCUCCCACCGACGUCGAGCUGUUUAUGUUCGCGCAAGUAAAUUCUGAACAUUGUCGCCAUAAACAAUUCAAUGCUACCUGGAUCAUUGACGGCGAGGAGAAACCCCAUACUCUAUUUGGUAUGAUCAGAAACACCCACAAAAAAACCCCGGAGCACACUAUUAGUGCAUAUAGCGACAAUGCUGCUGUUCUAGAAGGAGAAAUAGCCAGUUAUUGGGCCCCUAGCCCGGUGAACGGAGAAUGGACUCAGACAAAAGAGCAGGUUCAUUACUUGGCCAAAGUCGAAACGCACAACCACCCCACCGCGGUCUCACCCUACCCUGGUGCCGCAACUGGAUCUGGAGGUGAAAUUCGUGAUGAAGGAGCUGUUGGCAGAGGUUCGAAGCCGAAAGCCGGUCUUAGUGGUUUCUGCGUUUCGGAUCUAUUGAUUCCAGGGCAUAGACAACCUUGGGAACUCGAUGUUGGAAAGCCCAAUCAUAUCGCAAGCAGUUUGGAUAUUAUGCUUGAGGCCCCGAUCGGCAGUGCUGCAUUCAACAACGAGUUUGGAAGACCGUGUACAACCGGCUACUUCCGAACCUUCCUCACCAAAAUCGAUAUCGGGGAUGGAGAAUCGGAGCUCCGAGGCUAUCAUAAACCCAUUAUGAUUGCUGGUGGCGUUGGGACUGUCCGGCCACAGCACGCACUCAAAAAUCCACACACUGUCAAACCGGGUUCAUAUUUGGUGGUCCUUGGCGGACCGGCCAUGCUCAUCGGUUUGGGUGGAGGUGCAGCUUCCAGUAUUGCAUCUGGAGAAGGCUCCGCUGAUUUAGAUUUUGCUAGCGUCCAGAGAGGAAAUGCAGAAGUCCAACGGAGAGCACAGGAAGUCAUUAACGCCUGCGCGGCUAUGGGAGCCGAUAACCCCAUUAAGUUCAUCCAUGAUGUCGGAGCAGGAGGCCUAUCUAAUGCUUUACCUGAACUUAUUCAUGAUGCUGGGCUGGGAGCAAAAUUUGAGCUCCGUGAGAUUGACAAUGCAGAUAAAGGGAUGAGUCCUAUGCAGAUAUGGUGCUGUGAAGCGCAAGAGCGAUAUGUAAUGGCUGUAGGAGAGGAAAGCAUGAAUAAAUUCGUGGCGAUCGCGAAACGGGAACGUUGCGGUUAUUCAGUUGUUGGCCGCGGACUGGGUCAACCUGAAGAAGACAGGAGGCUAAUUCUUCUUGACCGAGAUUCUAAAGACCAACCUGACCCAAUCGACCUCCCCCUUUCCGUACUCUUCGGAAAACCACCGAAAAUGACGAGGAACGUUACAUCUAGACAACUUCCUCUUCCUCCCUUCGACUCCAGCCUUAAAACCUAUCUGCCCAACUUCCCUAAGGAUGGAUUGUUUAGCGAAGCUGUCACUAGAGUCCUCAAUCUACCGGCUGUUGGUUCGAAAUCGUUCCUCAUUACCAUUGGCGAUAGAACCGUGGGUGGACUGACGGCGAGAGAUCAAAUGGUUGGACCUUGGCAAGUUCCUGUGUCAGAUGUCUCUGUUACGGCAACAUCAUUGCUGCAGGGAAUGAAAACUGGUGAGGCUAUGGCUAUAGGAGAGAAACCAACCCUGGCCUUAAUUUCACCUGCUGCUUCUGCAAGAAUGGCUGUUGCAGAAUCACUUAUGAACAUUGCCGCCGCUGAUGUGCUUGGCCAAUUGACCCGUAUCAAGCUCUCGGCCAAUUGGAUGUCAGCGGCAAGCCAUCCUGGAGAAGGUACGGCCAUAUACGAAGCUGUUGAAGCCAUUGGGAUGGGACUAUGUCCACAGCUACGUAUUAGUAUUCCUGUUGGGAAGGACUCAAUGUCAAUGAAGAUGAAAUGGAAAGAUGAAAAGUCUCAAGAACCACGUGAAGUUACUGCCCCGUUGUCCGUGGUUAUCUCAGCGUUUGCGCCUGUUGGCGACAUACGUAAAACAUGGACACCAGCACUCCGCAGACGUGAGGAGGUGGGCGAGACUGUUCUUCUGUUUGUUGACCUCUCAUUCGGUCGCAAGGCUCUUGGGGGGUCCUCAUUAGCGCAGGUGUUCGGACAAGUAGGAAAUCAAUGCCCCGAUGUUCACGAAGUCCAGCUUCUGAAAGACUUCUUCGACGCUAUCCAACAACUUCAAGAGCGCGGUAUCGUCCUUGCCUACCACGAUCGAUCAGAUGGCGGUCUCUUCACAACUCUCGCUGAAAUGAUGUUUGCCGGUAGAUGUGGGCUACACAUUAUGCUCGAUGGUAUAUGUCAAAGUUCAGAUACUCGUCAUGUUCUCGAGACUCUUUUCAACGAGGAGCUUGGCGCUGUGUUCCAGGUGCGCAAAGAGCAUGAGAAUCUUUUCAAAAAGUGCUUUGCAACCUGUGGCCCUCCACCUGGCUUGAUAUUCCGAAUCGGUGAGGUACCCAUCAAAUCUGAUCAAGAUCUUGUAAUUUACCACAGUUCGGUAGUCCCGAUCUAUCGGAAUUCUCGUGCCAAUCUUCAACAGGCAUGGGCCAACACAUCCCACCAAAUGCAACGACUCCGAGACAAUCCCGCAGCGGCAGAGCAAGAGUACGCAAAUAUCCUUGACGACGGAGAUCGGGGCCUAUCAUACAACCUCUCUUUUGACCCCAAGGAAACCGUGUUGCCCCUGAUAACCAACCUUACUUCUCUCUUCUCCCCCUUCUCCGCCAAACCACGGGUUGCGAUCCUUCGUGAACAGGGCGUUAACGGCCAAGCUGAAAUGGCCUUCGCUUUCAACAUGGCCGGCUUUACUGCCGUUGACGUGCACAUGACAGAUAUUAUUUCCGGACAAGUUUCUCUCUCAUCCUUUGUCGGCCUCGCAGCUUGCGGAGGGUUCUCAUAUGGUGAUGUCCUCGGUGCUGGCCAGGGCUGGUCUAAAUCAGUACUCCUGCAUAAAGACACCCGCAACGAAUUCCAAUCUUUCUUCCAGCGCUCAGAUACCUUUACCCUUGGCGUCUGCAACGGCUGCCAGUUCCUUAGUCGUCUCAAGGAACUCAUCCCAGGCGCACAGGACUGGCCUAGCUUUGAACGAAACGCGAGUGAACAGUACGAAGGCCGCGUCUGCAUGGUCGGCAUCAGCGAUCCGGACCCGGCAACACCCAGUGUUUUCCUCCACGGGAUGCACGGUUCUAGCUUGCCCAUCGCCGUCGCCCAUGGCGAAGGCCGGGCAUCGUUCACGAACUCCAGCUCAAACGCGGAGAGCCUUGUGAAACAGAAUCUCGCACCGAUCCGCUACGUCGAUAACUCCUCGCUAAAACCUACAACGAAAUACCCGUUCAACCCUAAUGGUAGCCCAGAAGGUAUAGCUGGAGUCCGAACGCCCGAUGGUAAGGUCUUGGCGCUAAUGCCGCACCCUGAGCGGACUAUAAUGGCAGGCGUUGGAAGUUGGAUACCCCCCGAAAAGGUCGAGGAAUGGGGCAAUAUCGGUCCCUGGGGCCGGAUGUUUUACAGUGCAAGAAGAUGGGUUGGUUAGAUUACUCUAAAAGCUGCUUCUUUUUGAUUGUCAUUACAUCUCUCGUGACCUAGGUUUGUUCUAGUUAUAAAGUCACCCUGAUAUAUUCUGCUGUUCCAUUCUUGGCUACGAAGUGUACCAAUUGUCAUGUUCCCCAUCUACUACCGCCCUACUUGUGGCUUCUUUCUUACGCACCUCUCUAUUUCUUUUGCAUGUUGAGCACCGAGAGUCGCAUGUUCAUAUUCAUACUGGGUAAUUAUAGAAAACAUAUAAACAGACUCGAGUUUUGAUUGUAUAUAAGGACGCGGAUCUCGUUAAGCUAGCUCUUCGGGUAUUUGGCAUGAGUAUUUCAGGAUAGCUCUGAUCGACGGGAGUAUCUACAUCAGAAGCCCCGGUAUCGAUAAUUAUAGGGCGUACAAUAUAUGUAGUAAUCAACCUGGCUCGUUGCAUUUGCCAGGCGGACAUAGGAUGCCUCUAACUCUAUCUUCGACAACUCAUCAUACAUGUCCACCUCUACUCUUCCUCCACUCUAAUUUCUCUGCGAGAAUCUCCCAACUAUUGUGGCCAUCCACCCGUCCCAUUCCCCGCAACCCUGCCGUAAUGAACGAACAUAGAUGUUCGAAUUUAUCCCUAACGCCUAUUAAUCGUUUCCUAUAUGAGGUCUCAAUAAAGGAGACACUGGUUAAAUUUCCCUCGUCCAUCAUGCUAUCAUCAGCAUCAUCUACGCUAUCAUCAUCUGCAACAGAGCUAGAUUCAAUCUCUCGGGACCGUGAACGACGACGCCGCUGAUGCAGACUACCACUAGUCCUGUAUCGACGCCCGGAGGAUGAAUGGAAUGAUUUCCUGUUUCCCUGGUCGAAUUGGUUGUCGCCGUGACGUGAGAUUUGAAUGUCAGAGAAGUGUAUGCACAGGUCAAGAAGGGAUAUGACCGCUUGGUAAAUAGGAGUGAGAUUGGGGGACAGGAGGCAUUGGUCUUCCAAUGACGAGGUGUACGAUUCGUGAGCGGCUAUCAUCCCAUCUACAUCUUUCGCUUUCGAUAGCGCUUCCUUCAUGAUUGUAGUCGAGGUGCAGAUGACAAGCUGUGUGAGAUGUGCGUAGAGGACGUUUAGAAGCCAGAGGAGGUGGUGUCGAAUGCUAUACCCGAGGAUAUCGUCUUUCUUCUCGCUUUCGGUCUCGGAAUGUAGCGAUCUCAGGAGACGCUGUCGCUCCACGACGUACUUGGCUCGUCGUAUUUGCAUUAGGAAGGUUGACACACGUCUAUAUGCCGAAAGCGACUGUUUUGUGAUGAUAUUAGCCACUGGCCAAGGAAGAAUAUAGUCCAUGGCGAUCGCCUUCAAGAUCUGGGCGGAGCGACAGUGAUAUUCAAAAUCCUGUAGCCCGAUCUGCUUCGAUCUGAUUAUGAGGCGACUGGGGUCGAUGCAUGCUAGGCUACCGAAUGUUCCUUGUGCUAGCUCGGUAAGGAAGAACCUAUCAUUCCAGGACUGAAUUCCUUUAUCGAUCAAGUCGAAUACUUCGUGAUCGAUUAUCGAGGAAAGUGACAUAUCCUUUCCUAGGUAUAUGUAUUCAAGCGCCUCCAACGAAAUCCACAGGCCACACUGCUCGUCAAGUUGUUUCCGAAGCAAGUUCGAAGCAAAAGUGUGGUUGGAGUCAAUGAGUCGAUCGAAUGAGUACUCUAGCAGUACUGGGAACGGUAGCAAGGGGGAGAAGUGGUCGGAUGAACAGAUAUUCUCAUAUGAAAUGUUCAUACAUUUUGGAGUCUCUAAAACAUCUGGAUCCAAGCCAAGGCGGCGAAUGAAUAUCAUACUUUUGCCAGUGGUAAAAAUCUUCUUGGCCGCAGGACGUAGAAAAUCAGGCGCAUAAAGUCGUCCAUGAACCUCAUCCAGUACAAACCAUUCGUGCCAGAGUGUUCUCAGGUCGGUGAGUUGCUUUCCCGAGUCAGAGACAAAAAAUGUACCCAAAGUCUUGUCCAGCUGUCCUUUUUCUAUCCACAGUCUUAUUGGCCUUGCGUAGACUUCGAAGCAUUUGAAAAAUAUCUUAGCCACAUGCUGGAAAGUUGUAUCGUCUCCGCAUGCCUGUUUCGAACAAACAAGAUCAUAGAGCAGAUCUAGGCAUUGGAACGCCUCAUUUGGCGACUGAUCCGCUAGUUUGUUGAUGAGAUCUGACAGUUCUCGUAGCAGAGACGUUUCCUCGUACACAUUUGAGAAGAGUCGAAUCAAACUCGGCGUAGAAGACUCAGCUGUUCCAGAGUGUUCUGCUUCCAUAUUCGAUAGGUCUUUGUUAAAUCUACACAAGUGAAAUUCCACCUCACGCUGAAACAUCUGCAUAAAUUGAAGCUUCUGGGGAUGCUGUGCAAAUCGCCGAAUAACAUGUAAUUGGGCUCCUAGGACACUAAAUGAGCGAAGCAAGUUCCCAAAGGCGAUUGGUGAUGCAUGACGCAAUCUAAAUCUUCGAUCAACCUCAACGCUAUCGUCUAAAUACCAGAAUAAGGUGGUGGGGAGGCCCUGAAGCAUAAAUAUCGUCUCUCUUAUUACUUGUAACUCUGUAAGAUACAAGUCAUCAUCGUUCGUCGGUCGAUUAGUUUGCGCGACCCUAUUUCUCCAGAGCUCAAGAUCCUGAAUGCGUGAGAGCAAUAUCUCAUCUUCAACUGGUAAGAAGCAAGUAUCUGGAGUCUUAAAAUCAUCCAGGGGAACUUUGGACCGCUGUGGAACAAUUCGGGGGAUAGAUACGCCACUCGAUGUGCUUGAUAGAUCGUCACCGGAGGUAAGUGCAGCAUAAUCAAUAUCCUGC